AUGAAGCCUUACCACAUUACCCUUGACGCUACAGCUGAGCCUGUCAUCCAUCCACCGAGGACGGUCCCUCUCCACCUGAAAGACCUGUACCAAAAGGAGUUAGAUGAAAUGCUCAGACUUGGAGUCAUAGCACCUGUUGAAAAGCCCACUGACUGGGUCAACAGCAUCGUUCUUGACGAAACCUUUAAUGACAAAGGAGAACUCACAAAGCUAAGAGUCUGUUUAGACCCACGUGAUCUAAACAAGUGCAUCAAAAGAGAACAUUACCACUCAAGGACAGUUGAUGAGGUUGUAACUGAGCUCAACAAUGCCAAAUUCUUUACUAUCGUUGAUGCCAAAAAAGGGUACAGAUUUCAAAGACUCCCAUUUGGUCUCAACGUCUCUCAAGAUAUAUUUCAAAGACAGCUGGACGCAGCAUUUGAAUGCCUCAAAGGUGUGACAGGCAUUGCAGACGACACUUUUGUCUACGGAUCAACUGAAAAUGAACACGACCAAAACUUGACAAAGCUCAUGGAGCGAGCACAGCAGAAAGGCAUCGUAUUCAACAAAGGAAAACUACAGUUCAAAUGUAAAGAAGUCAGUUUCUUUGGACAUACGUGGACGCCACACGGCAUCAAACCUGACAAUAAGAAGGUAUCAGCAAUCAUCAAGAUGAAACCUCCAGAAGAUGUCAAAACCCUACAAAGCUUUCUUGGAUUAGUCAAUUAUCUUACCAGAUACUCUGGACGUUUAGCUACUUUGUCAGCACCACUACGAGACUUAACCAAGAAAGAYACGGCGUAUUCUUGRGGACCUGAGCACGACAAGGACUUCGACGAAGUCAAAAAAGAAGUCUCAUCGCUUGGAGUCUUGAGGUUCUUCGACCCAGACGCAGAGUCAGUCAUCGAAACAGACGCAUCACUGAAAGGACUGUAUCAUAAGCCACUCGAAGCAAUAUUUAAGAAGAAACUGAACAGUUGCCCCGCAAGAUUACAGAGAUUCGUACUACGAGCACUGAAAUAUGACGUCACUGUAAAGCAUGUAAAGGGUGCCGAAGUGCCUAUCGCCGAUGCCCUCUCUAAGGUAUCACCAGAGCGCUCUCAGCCCAAGGAAGAGCUUACACAGUUACACAUACAUCAGAUCACUAGAAACCUACCAGCCUCGCCAAUAAAGCUGCAACAGAUCCGCCAGGAAACUGCAAGUGACUCUAUACUCAGCAAACUACGUGAUGUGAUAUUUGAAGGAUGGCCAACAAAGAGAGAGAAGUGUCCAAAAGUGCUACAUGACUCCUGGAACUUCCUCGAGGAACUCACUAUUGAAGAUGGCCUUGUACUAAAGCAGGAGCGUAUAAUUAUGCCUGSCACGCUACGACAAGAAACACUACACACAAUUCACCAAGGACACAUGGGUCAAGAGAAAUGUCUUCUUCGAUCCAGGUCAUGUGUAUUUUGGCCAGGUAUUUCUCGGGACAUUGUUAAUCUCGUAAAGACGUGUGACACCUGCCAGAASUAUCAACACAAGCAGCAGAAACAAGAAAUUUUGYAACCCGAGCCACCUUGCCACCCGUGGCAAAYACUCAACUCGGACCUCUUCGAGUUCAAAGGCAACCAAUACCUCGUGGUAUCCGACAAGUACAGCAAAUUUCCAAUCAUCAGAAGACUUACUGGUACUACAUCACGCGCUGUCACCAACCACCUCRAAAGCAUCUUUUCUGAACAUGGUAUACCUGAACAGCUUACUACAGACAAUGGACCCCAGUAUGCGUCACAGGAAUUCCAGGAAUUCAUGCAGACCUAUGGAAUCCAGCACACUACAAGUUCACCCAUGUACCCUCAAUCAAACGGUGCUGCGGAAUGCACAGUACAGACAGUCAAGAGCAUUCUUAAGAAAUGCGACGAAGAAGGAGAAGAUAUCUAUCUAGGUCUUCUGUCUUACCGCUCAACACCUAUCAGCAACAAGUCGCCAGCGGAACUACUGAAUAACCGCAAGUUUAAAACCACCUUACCAAUGCCGAAGCGCGUAAGUGUGACUGAUGAUACAAGCAAGACAAAAGAGGAGCUGUACCACAAACAGAACCUACAAGCGUUCUACUACAACAAGACUGCCGUACCGACACUAAAGGAGCUUCAACAAGGUCAAUCAGUCAACAUUUUCGACCAUCACACUCAAAGGUGGGAAAGUGGAACAGUUGUUCGACCUGCAAAAGAACCCCGGUCAUAUAUUGUAAAGARCGACAGAACAGAAGGUAUCUACAGACGUACUCGAUCACAACUGAGACAUAAACCAACCACUGAAGAAGCAGAAGUUUUACARCAACCCUCGACUGCACCACAGCAGGACGCUCUACCCUACACGACUAGGUCAGGACGCGUUUCAAAGCCACCGGACAGGCUGAACAUUUGA